AUGAACUCUAUCACAUUACCCCUAAUUUUCUUCAUAUUAUUUUCAUUAAUCCCACAUUUUCAUCUCACAUUAUCAUCACCACUAUCAUCAUUAUUACCCUUUAGCAAUCAAGGAAAAUGGCAACUAUUACAACCAACCAUUGGAAUCUCAGCCAUGCACAUGCAACUUAUACACAAUGACAAAAUCAUCAUUUUUGAUAGAACAGAUUUUGGCCCUUCAAAUCUACCUCUCUCCAACAGCAAUUGUCGUUUGGAUCCAUAUGAUACUGCUCUUCAAAUCGAUUGCACGGCUCACUCCGUUCUUUAUGACAUUUCAUCAAACACCUUCCGACCAUUAACUAUACAAACGGAUACAUGGUGCUCCUCAGGUUCUGUUCUUCCAAACGGUACAUUAGUCCAAACCGGUGGUUUCAACGACGGCGAGCGUCAAAUUCGAAUGUUUACGCCAUGUUUCGAUAAUAGUUGCGAUUGGAUCGAGUUCCCGAGCUACUUAUCGGAACGAAGAUGGUAUGCAACAAAUCAAAUACUACCUGAUAGCAGCAUUAUCAUAAUCGGAGGUAGAAAACAAUUCAACUACGAAUUCCUUCCUAAAACAACAACAUUUUCUUCUUCCUUGUCUUCAAUUCAUCUACCUUUUCUUCAAGAAACCAAAGAUCCGAGCGAAAACAACUUAUAUCCUUUCGUUCAUCUCCUACCGGACGGAAACCUUUUCGUUUUUGCGAACUCACGAUCUAUAUUACUCGAUUACAAAAACAACAUGAUUGUUAAAGAGUUUCCCGAAAUUCCAGGUGGUGAUCCUCGUAACUAUCCUAGUUCAGGUUCAUCAGUUCUUCUUCCUCUAGAUGAAAACCAAGCCACCAUUGAAGCUACAGUCAUGAUUUGCGGAGGAGCGCCUCGUGGAUCAUUCGAAGCUGCCUCAAAGCAAAACACCUUCGUGAAAGCACUUACAACAUGUGGAUUUCUCAAAGUAACAGACUCAAACCCUAGUUGGGUAAUGGAAGAUAUGCCAAUGGAAAGAGUAAUGGCAGAUAUGUUAAUUCUACCUAACGGAGAUGUUAUUAUAAUCAACGGCGCUGGAUUGGGUACUGCCGGUUGGGAAAACGGCCGGCAACCGGUUUUAACACCGGUGAUAUUCCGUUCAUCGGAAACUGAAUUAUCGAAACGGUAUAGUGUAAUGUCCCCAGCUUAUAGACCUAGGCUUUAUCAUUCUUCUGCAGUGGUGUUAAAAGAUGGAAGAGUUUUAGUUGGUGGUAGUAAUCCACAUGUAAACUACAAUUUCACCGGAGUUGAAUUUCCAACUGAUUUAAGUUUAGAAGCGUUUUCUCCACCGUAUUUGUCGCCGGAGUUUUAUCCGAUACGGCCAAAGAUUCGACAUAUCACCAACAGUAUAUUAGGGUAUAGGGUUUUUUACUAUGUUACAUUUACCGUAGGCAACUUUGGUUCCGCGAACGAUGUUUCAGUUAGGUUAUUGGCGCCGUCGUUUACUACACACUCUUAUGGAAUGAAUCAGAGGAUGGUGAUUUUGAAGUUGAUUGGAGUAACAAUGGUGAAUUUGGAGACUUAUUAUGCUACUGUUUUGGGACCUUCUACUCAAGAAAUUGCACCACCGGGUUAUUAUCUUAUGUUUUUGGUGCAUGAGGGUGUGCCUAGUUUUGGUGAGUGGGUGCAACUCAUGUAA